CGGGACCAAAUAACUAGCCCUACUGUCUGCUUUAGAAAAGAAGAAGAUAUUUUACUCGUACCGGUUGGUUCGGUUUAACACGAUGUGGUAAACAUACCCACCAUUAAUCGUGGCUUAUAACCAGUCAGCUAAGGAUAUUACAAAACAGUAUUUGGAUCGGAUCAUAAACGUUUAUGGAAUCGAGUCAUGAGUUAACACUAUAGAGUAAAAGGAGGGUUAUGGGUACUCCUAAUUGGGGAAUGGUUCAACCAAUUAAGCCAAACCAAAACGUGAGUGAUGGUGUCAUAAGGUGGCGUCAUGGUGGGAUCAACAUCAACCUUUCUCAAAAACACAAUAGUGUUAGUUCACAUUAUCAAUCAAUAAUAUGAUAUGUUAACUAACUAGUAGUGGGUAACCUUUAAUUCCAUCAAAUGGAAAGAAACCUUAUAGUUGGGAAUCAAUCACUACCAUCUCCCCACUAUUGUUAUGUUCUCAAUCUCAAUUUAUGUUAAAUAUUUUAUGGAGAAUCAACCAGCGAAGAAUAUAGAAAAACCUACAAAGUCCAUUAUAUUAUGUAGAGGCGCUGGAAACCUAAAAAUUGGAAACAGAUAAUCAGUAGUACUCACCAAAACGCUAAAAAUAUUAUCAUUCUAUACAUCUAACUUAGUUAUGACCAGUCAUUUAGCAUUUCAUACAACUACUAGUGAUGAAGAGCAAGGCUUAGCCAUUAUUAUCAGCCACACAUGGAUACUCUGGUAAUAUACCAAAAUGAAUGUGUUAGACUCUAAUCCAGGUUCGAUAAAAUCAUCUAACAUGUAAGUUUGUGAAGAAUUCAGGUUAAUCCAAUGGUAAGGACAAGUGGAUAAAAAGAUAUAGGAGAAGACUAUGUUUGGCGACAUCAUCAAGUUCCAACUCAUUGGAUGAGACUUGACAGCAAAUUCAGCUUACAUUACAUUGGGAUGACCUAAACAACCACCUACAAUCUAACUGCAACAGACUUUCCACAAAUAAGUUUUUAAGAAAAAGGUCAUGCAUACAUCAUCCUUUGCAAUAAACAAGUCCAUAAAGCUUCACAUAUCUUUAAAAAAAAACACAAUUCUGGCAUAAAUUGAAGCGCUGAUAUACACGUUACUCGUGAGGAUUAUGGUUUCAUAUAGUAGUUGUGUAAUACAUAUGAAACAAAACCUAUUUAAUUUUGAGAUUUGAUUUGAAAUCAAACGUCUAUUAUCGACUAACGAUACUCUAAAUAACACGAUAAGUUUGAGAUGUUGAGUUGCUAGUAAGAUGAACUCCCAAACCAUGAGUUUGGAUAUUGUACAUUCUUGUGGUACCACUUGGCAAUUGAUUACUAUUGUCUCUCUCAAACAUAGCCAAAAUUGCAAGUUGUCACAUAGAAAAAAUGAAGCCUUCUAUAUAAAUUGCAAGGCCGGGCAAGAAACUUCAUAUGCUUCAAACAGCUGGACCACUAAACCCUACACUUGCUCACUCUCCCCACCUUAUUGCAAAAAAAAACCCUAAAAAUAAACAAAGUCUAACCCACAAAAACUAAACGUGCUAUCCCAAUCCUAAUCCAGUAAGGAAACACUAAACUAAAAAAAAAUAUUAUAAUUUGGAAGAAAACAAAGUGGGAGAUCCCCACCACCACCAUCACAAACACUGUGAUUCCCACCAUAACCUAACCCUAAACAAAAGAAAGGUCCUUCAAGAUUCUACAUGUGCCAUGGUGCUAUUUAGUUCAAACUCCACAUUAGAUUCCUUUUUUCCCAAGUCUUUCUUUAUGUCUCUUACCAGCUUCUUGGAUGAAACCAUGGCUUUUGUUAGGUUAACAAGAAGAGUUGACUAAGUGGGUUGCAAGUGAGUUGUCACUAUUCAUUUAGAUUUGACGAUUAUGAAUAGUUUAUAUGAGUUCGUGAAGAUACAAUUGGGUUUUGUAUAAUUCCUUGUAGAUCGACAUAAAGGUAACAACUCAUUUGAUAAGUAUUCAUUUCAAUAGUUGUCAAGUCGAUAAAUGCAUAGUAUAUUCGUAUAUGUCCUUGUAAGAAAGUGUUAUAAGAUAAUUAAUCAUUGAAUCUUCUCCCAACAACUCGAGUUAUUAGUACCAAUUGAUUUAUAACGUGGUAUUAGAGCCAGUUCGAGCAACUUGAGUUAUAAGAUAUAUAAGUAACAUUUUCUCAAAAGCUCGAAUUAUUUGUACCAAAUAAGGAUCACAAUUGUUCACGAUUAACAUCAACAAAACACUGACAUGUGUUCUGAAGUUGAACACUAUGAUUUGGAAGUUCAAUCCCACUCUAACCGAUCUAGCCAUGAAUUAAACAUGUAUACUUUGGUCUCACAAACAACUUGACAAAUGGGGAGUCGAGAGACAGACAAGAAGGCAGACAGCAACGUUGUUUUAUGGAUUGAUUAAUGAUUCUUGAAUCUUGAAGGCUCCGUCACUUGAAGAUAAGCACGUGACGACGGCUCACUGUAGCAGCCUCCAGUCUCCACCUUCUACCGUCGGCGGUUGGCCACCAUCCCACUCACUGAGUCGCCGUCCGAGUCUGGGCGAGAUAUGGAGUCCCGAGUCGUCGAAGUAUCGCAUUUAUCCAGCUCCAAGUUCUCCGUAACCGAGAUGUAAAAAAGGGUACGAACUACGAACUGUGAAGUGUGAACCAACCCCAGGACAAUGAGGUAACCUUUUUACCUAACCCGCAGACCUGAGAAAAGAAUGAACCCGUCGAAAUUGACCAGUCACUUCUGGCUCGGACUCAAUGAACAUUAUAUGACUCGAUACGUUUAACACGUUAGUUAUUAUGACUAAAACUCGUAUCGAUUUGUUAUUAUGACUUAAUUUCAAUUCCUUUCUAUUGUAUUUUUUGUUUACUUGUUUAUUGCUACCUUCAAAACAAAGAUAAGACGUCAGGAGCAAGUUCGACAAAAAGUCCAUCAACGCUAUAUAUGGAUAUUGAGGAGUGCAGAGUAAUUAAUUACUACUAAUAUAAUUAAUUACGGCACUGUUUUGUAAUUGACCACUCGAGCUAGAGAUGCCCUAGUUACUAGUCGUGGGGUAUAUAUUCUUGUGCUCUAGCCGAGUGAACAUAUAGAUCGGCGCAGCCCUAUUUGCUGUUGCUUAGUGAGAACUUCAGCUGGAGCUUGCUCCCGUGGAUUAGUCCUGUUCAUAUUGAACAGGGAUACCACGUACAUCGUGUGUUCUUUUACUUCCGCGCUUUACUUGCUUACAUGGUAUCAGAGCUGUGAUCUCAUAUUACGAUCAUGACGAAGGAUGGAGAAGUUUCGGACGGGAAGAAGCCUGUUGUUGAUCACGAGACUAUACCUCAUACAUCACCGUUCUAUCUGCAUCCGUCGGAGAGCCCUGGCCAACUGUUUGGCAGCGAUCUACUUUCUGACCUAAAUUAUGGUGAAUGGGUUAACGACAUGACGGAGACACUCAUUGCAAAGAAGAAGCUGAAUUUUGUUGAUGGUUCGUUGCCCCGAUCAGCCGCGGAUACCAGAGCAAAGGAGGAUGCUUGGGAUCAGUGUGAUGCGAUGGUGAAAGGGUGGUUAAAAACGGCAAUGACCAAGGAGGUUCGGAACAGCGUACGAGCGGCUAAAACCGCGCAAGAGAUUUGGAUGGAUCUCAAACAGCGGUUCGGAUCCAGUUCGGCCAUGCGCGCGUACGAACUCCGUCGCCAAAUUGUGGGACUUCGGCAGGAGAAAUCGUCGACUUCGGCGUUUUUCACUAAACUUCGCACUUUAUGGGAUGAGCAUCAAUCGGUGACCAUAAAUCCCCGCUGUAGCUGUGGAAAUUGCAGCUGUGAUAUUGCAAAGCAGGUUCGCGACAAGCAAGAGGCAGAAUGGCUGAAUGAUUUUUUGCUUGGCUUGGACGACACCUUUGCAAUUGUGCGUAGUCAAAUUCUGAGCUCCAAGCCCACUCCCACACUCACUGAAGCUUAUCAACAAGUGGCGGCUGAGGAGCAGCAACGCCAAAUCACAGCCAGCCGUAAGCCUGUUGUCGAAGCAGCAGCUUUCCAGGUGCGUAACGAAAAGGAACGCGACUCUGAUGAUCGCGUCCGAUGCAGCAAUUGCAAUAAACUUGGACAUCUUAGGGAGCAGUGCUUCAGGCUUAUUGGCUAUCCCCCUGACUUUGGCAAGAAUCGUCCUAAUGGAGGGAAGAAGCAGAAGGGCGAGAACUCCUCCCGAGCAGCCCACGUUGAUGCUGAAGAGAGUCCUAUUCCGGGGCUCACAGCGUCGCAAUUUGCACAGCUCAAGCAGUUCUUUUCGGCGCCCACGCCUGCCACACCGGACCCGACCGCACAUAUGGCUGGUAAUUCUAUUGACCUUAGUGAGUGGCUUAUUGAUUCUGGGUGUAACGAACAUAUAGUCAGUGAUAUAAAUUGGUUUGAUCAAGUUCAUUACUCUCAUGGUCAUUCACCCGUUCGUAUCCCCAAUGGUAAGUGUAUUCCAGUAGAGGGCAUUGGUUCGGUGGUUCUGAAUUCGCAGCUCACCUUGCAUCGUGUUCUCCAUGUUCCUCAAUUCAAGUGCAACUUGUUAUCUGUGAGUCGGUUGAUCAGAGAUAAUAAUGUGGCAUUGUUUUUCUUGGGAAAUGUGUGUGUGAUUCAGGACUCACACUCCAAGACCGUGAUUGGAUUGGGUCGCCUCCGUGAUGGCCUGUUUUACUUGUCCCGAGACGAGAAGUUGCAGAAAAGGGGGGACUCGACACUAGCGAUGGCGGCUGCGCAGCGUGUGAGUCAACAGCUUUGGCAUCAUCGCUUGGGACAUCCUGCUUUUGAAAAAUUGUCUGCUUUGAGGAAUUUUCUUACUUAUCAAGAACAUAGUUGGUUUAAGUCGCAUUGUGAUUCUUGCUUGCGUGCUAAACAGACGCGAACACCUUUUCAGUCGAGUACCAUUAAGACGGCUGGUUGUUUUGAGUUAAUUCAUAUGGAUAUUUGGGGUGGCUAUCAGACCUCUUCUAUGGAUGGCUCACGUUAUUUCUUAACGGUAGUGGAUGAUUAUAGUCGGACUACCUGGGUUUAUCUACUGAAAUAUAAAUCCGAUGUUGAAAGGCAUGUUCGUAUGUUCUGCGAGAUGGUUCGUACACAGUUUCAGACGCAGGUUCGCAGGAUUCAAUCUGACAAUGGUCUGGAAUUUCAAACGAACACACUCAGAGACUACUAUGCUGCUAACGGCAUCCUUUUCCAGACAUCUUGUGUUAAUACCCCACAACAGAAUGGGGUCGCUGAACGCAAACACCGCCAUCUAUUGGAAACGGCACGUGCCUUGCGUUUUCAUGCAGGUCUACCGGUUCGAUUUUGGGGCGAGUGUGUCUUGACGGCAACCUACUUGAUUAAUCGGUUGCCCUCUUCCGUUCUUGGUAACAAGACGCCCUUUGAGGUUCUCCUUGAGCGAGCACCAUCUUAUGAUCACCUUCGCACAUUUGGCUGUCUCGUGUAUGCGAAGGACACACAACAUGGACUUGAUAAAUUUGCCGAGCGAGGACGUCGCUGUGUUUUCGUUGGAUAUCCCCUGGCUCAGAAGGGUUAUCGGGUGUAUGACUUGACUUCACGACGCAUUUACACGUCCCGCGAUGUUUUUUUUGUGGAAGGUGAAUUUCCGUUUCGCACUCCACUUGCGACGGCACCGUCUACACGUGCUGCUGCUCCGCAUUCCCCUCCGGCUUCAAUUGAGGGGGAGCAGUUUUCUGACUCCCCAGUUCUGGACCCCAUCGAGCAUGAGGAAGAUACCAACGUGGCUCCUGCUUGCUCUUCCCAGCAGCCCACUUCGGCAGAUGAGACCCUCGCGCCUACAGACUUGGCCGAGGUCACUCCACCUCAUGCACAUGCAGACUUGGACGAGGCCGACCCUUCCCAUGCCCAUGCAGAUUUGGACGAGGCAGCACCAUCAUCCGCAGCGCCUCCCACUUCUGACCAGCAUGCUUUUGUUCCGCGGCGUGGCCUUCGUGAACGGCGUCCUCCUUCCAAGCUCGACAUCUAUGAUACCGCCCUACCGGGCAGCAGCUCUCAUGCAACCACUUAUCCGAUUGCGAAUCAUGUCCAUUAUGAUCGUUUUACCCCAGCUCACAAGGCGUUCCUUGCCGCCAUCUCCAAACUCGAAGAGCCUCGCCAUUUUCGUGAAGCAGUUCUUCAUGCUUAUUGGCGUGAGGCUAUGCAGAAGGAAAUCCUGGCUCUCGAGGCCAAUGGUACCUGGACUUUGGAAUAUCUCCCACCCGGCAAGAGGGCGAUUGAUUCGAAGUGGGUGUAUAAGAUCAAAUAUCACCCUGAUGGUUCGAUCGAACGUUUCAAGGCACGGUUAGUUGCCAAGGGUUUUAAUCAAUUGGAAGGUGUCGAUUUCCACGACACCUUUGCUCCUGUUGCCAAGGUCGUCACUGUACGGGUCCUCAUAGCACUUGCAGCUCAGCGUGGUUGGCCGUUACAUCAACUGGAUGUCAAUAACGCUUUUCUGCAUGGCGACCUUGAGGAAGAAGUUUACAUGAAGGUUCCCCUUGGUUUUCAACAGGAAGGAGAUACCCGGGUUUGCCGUCUACGUAAAUCCCUCUAUGGAUUGCGUCAGGCUUCUCGGAAUUGGUACCAGAAAUUCACUCUGGCCCUCGCUGAACUUGGUUUCACUGCAUCCCGGGCUGAUCACUCACUUUUCUUGUACCGCAAAGGCGAGACUUUUGUUGCGGCUCUUAUAUAUGUGGAUGAUGUUGUGCUUACCGGUAACGAUGCAGGUUUCAUUUCUCAGGUCAAGAGCUUCUUGGAUUCACGUUUCAGCAUCAAAGACCUAGGACCGUUGAAGUAUUUCCUGGGUAUUGAGGUGGCUCGCUCACCAGAAGGGAUAGUCCUUAGUCAACGUAAAUACACCCUUGAUAUCCUGAAGGAUGCGGGUGUGACUGGAGCACGACCGAGCAGCUUUCCCAUGGAGCAGAACCACUCUCUCACUCAACCUGCUGAUGAUGUGAUUCCUGACAUCAGCUCGUAUCGGCGACUCAUAGGUCGCCUCUUGUACCUGACGGUUACUCGUCCUGAUAUCACAUACGCCGUUAAUGUACUUAGUCAACAUGUUCAUGCUCCCAGUUCAGCUCACAUGGCAGCUGCUCACCGUGUUCUUCGCUACUUGAAGACUGCUCCUGGCCAAGGUUUGUUCUUCCCAUCCUCUGGUACUUUGGAGCUUACUGCUUUCUGUGAUUCUGAUUGGGCAGGUUGUCAAGCCAGUCGUCGGUCUACGAGUGGCUACUAUAUCCAGUUGGGUUCCGCUCCGGUCUCUUGGCGCACGAAGAAACAACGGGUCGUUGCGCGUUCCUCUGCAGAAGCCGAGUAUCGCGCCAUGGCCAGUACAGUUAGUGAAGUUAUCUGGUUGCGUCAUCUGUUAAUGGAGCUCGGUGUUCCGCAAUCUUCGGCUACUCCACUAUACUGCGAUAGCCAGGCUGCUCUUCAUAUUGCGGCAAAUCCAGUCUUCCAUGAGCGUACUAAACAUGUGGAGAUGGAUUGUUACUUUGUUCGUGAGCGCGUUGUCACUGGCGAGAUUGCACCCCACAAGGUUGCGACAUCCGAUCAACCAGCUGAUAUGUUUACCAAGGCCUUAGGCACUGAUCAGUUUCGUUUCCUUAUGUCCAAGCUUGGCAUUCGUGAUCUGCAUGCUUCAGCUUGAGGGGGAGUAUUGAGGAGUGCAGAGUAAUUAAUUACUACUAAUAUAAUUAAUUACGGCACUGUUUUGUAAUUGACCACUCGAGCUAGAGAUGCCCUAGUUACUAGUCGUGGGGUAUAUAUUCUUGUGCUCUAGCCGAGUGAACAUAUAGAUCGGCGCAGCCCUAUUUGCUGUUGCUUAGUGAGAACUUCAGCUGGAGCUUGCUCCCGUGGAUUAGUCCUGUUCAUAUUGAACAGGGAUACCACGUACAUCGUGUGUUCUUUUACUUCCGCGCUUUACUUGCUUACAAUGGAUGAUCGAAUAAACUCAUUAAUCGAAAAAAUAAUUCAAUAAGAUUGUUGAGUCGGAUUUCUUCGAAUCUUUUGAGAAAACAAAAAUGAAUGACAACAUUCUUGAUAUCAGCCCUAAAACUACUCCUCUUCUCACCUUGGUCAUCCUACCCUUCGAUUUAUCUCUUAAAUACUACUCACUAAUCACUAUCUUUCUCAGUUUCUCUCAAACAUCUCAAAAAUAGUAUCUUAUAUUCUUAUACCAUAACUAUUGAGGGUUUUUAUACAUUUCGGAGUAAUUUAUGAUAUGAUUGUUGAAUAAAUUUGGUGAUCUAUGACUUGUUGAAAAAGAGGCUCCUAGAUCCUAGUAUUGAAAAGUUCACAUGCGAUGUACUGAUAAAAGUAACUAUAAGAUUCCAUUAAUAAAAUCAACGAUCCAUU